ACAACAACAAAUCAAAUACUUCUUGUAUAAAGAAAAGCCUUCAUUUUCUUUCAAACCAAACACAAACAAACAUGGCUCCUGCUAUCACUACCCUCACUGCACCCAAAGCCACCGUGGUCAAUGGCCGCACCGCUGGUAACCGUGCUUUUGUGACGUUCCUUGCCGGGAACGGUGACUAUGUGAAAGGUGUUGUAGGGUUGGCAAAGGGUCUGAGAAAAACGAAAACAAUGUACCCUCUUGUUGUUGCAGUGCUACCCGAUGUUCCUGAAGAGCACAGAAAGAUUCUGAUAUCUCAAGGGUGCAUUGUUAGGGAGAUUGAGCCUGUGUAUCCACCUGAGAACCAGACACAGUUUGCUAUGGCCUAUUAUGUCAUCAACUACUCCAAGCUUCGUAUUUGGGAGUUUGUGGAGUAUAGCAAGAUGAUAUAUCUGGACGGUGACAUUCAAGUGUUUGAGAACAUUGACCACCUCUUUGACUUGCCGGAUAACUACUUCUAUGCUGUGAUGGACUGUUUUUGUGAACCAACUUGGGGCCACACCUCCCAGUACAAGAUCGGUUAUUGCCAGCAAUGCCCUGAUAAGGUUCAAUGGCCUAAGAACUUUGGUCCGAAGCCCCCACUUUAUUUCAAUGCUGGCAUGUUCGUUUAUGAACCAAAUCUUGUUACCUAUCAUGACCUUCUUAAAACACUUCAAGUCACAAAACCUACAUCCUUUGCAGAGCAGGACUUUUUGAACAAUUACUUCAAGGAUAAGUACAAGCCCAUAUCAAAUGUUUACAACCUUGUUCUUGCCAUGUUGUGGCGUCAUCCUGAAAAUGUUGAGCUUGACAAAGUUAAAGUAGUUCAUUACUGUGCUGCUGGGUCUAAACCAUGGAGGUAUACUGGGAAGGAAGAUAACAUGGAUAGAGAAGACAUCAAGAUGCUGGUGAAGAAAUGGUGGGAUAUAUAUGAAGAUGAGACUCUGGAUUUCAAUCAUCCCGUCAAUUCAGAAAGGUUUAAGAUGGCUAUUUUGGAGUCUGGUAGUGAAAUCAAGUUUGUUCCCGCACCAUCCGCAGCAUAGUUUAUAUCUUCUGAUGAUCAAGGAAUCAAAGUUAGUGUGUGAUCCGUGUACAUAAAUAUGUAUAAGGAGUCAUACAUAUAUGGAGUCAUAUAUAUAGUUAUAUACCACUAAGUCUUUCUUAUAGGUUAAGACAAUGAAGAGGACCACUUUUAUGAGUCCACUUUUUUUUUUAAUUAUUUUUUUGUUUUUUUUGGACGUUAUGAAGCUUUGAGAUUAUCCUAAAUUUUAUAUAAAUGGAUAUUCUUUAUUGUGUUA